ACACAUACAUACUUCAAUCUUCUUCGUUUUCUCUUAUUAUUUGAUAAACGUCAAGCUUUGUUGGUUUACACGUCUUCAGUUUUGGAAAUUUGUAUAUAUUUUUUAAGAGAAUAUUUUUAUUUUGAUACUUAAUAUGUUAAAGGGUGACCCCAGCUCCUUGUUAUUUGAUCAGAAAGAAGUCAUUCUACGUAGCAAAUCAGACGAGCCAUACAGGCUCACGCCUUUCAUCGUUACGUUUUGUGAAGGCACUCUGACUUAUAUAGACAUCAAAACCUUCAUUGAAAUCGGCUUGAAAAUAGUCAGAUUCACAAUGUCACGUGUAACCACCACAGAUAAAUUAAAAAUGCUUGCAAUGCUGGAUGAUGCUGUGAAGUCGUACUGCGAAAAGUAUAACGUCACGGCGUGGCCCAUAGCAAUAUCUGUUGAUAUACCAAACGCUUGUAUUCGAACAGGAUUAUUAUCCGAGGAAAUAAAUGAUGCUCAUUUAAUUUUGAAAGAAAAUAUGAUAAUAGAAUUAACUAGUAAUGCAAAUUAUAAAACUAAAUGUGAUUCAAAAAGGAUAUACAUGGACGAUCCGUACACGGUUAAAAAAAUAACACCCGGAACGGAAAUCUCGAUACGCUUCGGGCAGAUAGUAUUGAUAUGCACUGAAUUAAUUGAUUCUGAAACUAUAGUAUGUAAAGUCAUAAGAGGAGGCACAAUGGGAAGCGAGGCGUUCGUGUGUAUUCGCGGCAUAAAGCUGGAGAGACCUCCCCUAUUGGAAACAGAUAUGGAAUUACUAAUGUUUGCGAGAAAGUUUAAGGUUGAUAUAGUAACCUUAAAUUCUAUACGAUAUGCAAGAACAGUAAAAAGAACUAGGGAAUUCCUUAAGUCAGAAGCAUACAAUCCGUUGAUUAUAAGUACUAUUUGUGAACAAGAGGGUUUGGAUAAUUUUGACGAAAUUUUAAAGGCAUCUGACGCAAUAAUAUUGGCAAGAGAAUUCCUCGCCAGUAAUAUAGUUAACAAACAUCAGAUGAUCGCAAUACAACUAAAACUAAGCGCAAAGUGUCACCAAAUGGGGAAACCCUUUUUCAUAUCUGGGAAUAUACUAGAAGACACAAUGCUUAAAGGUGUUAUAUCAAACUGCGACUUAAACGAUAUCACUAAUGCCGUCUUACAAGGAGCCGGUUUUGUAUUGAAAAAUUAUAAAGAUCCAACGAAUUUGGUCAAGACAAUUAAUAUUUUGGAUUCGGUUUGUCGAGCGGUUGAGCCUUUGUCCAAAACUAAUGACUUUUGGAGAUUGUCAAACGAAUUCAAAAUACCUGUUAACGCAGCCGAAGCUUCUAUACUAGCAUGUGCAUUAAUGGCCCAACAAACUCAGUCACUAGUAGUUAUAAUACCGACUGUAACUGGGAGAACGGCAGUGCAUCUGUCCCGGGUAGCUCCUCAAGCAAUCAUACUAACUGUCAGUACCAAUCCAGUUAUAGCUAGACAACUCCAAUUGUACAGAGGAAUCGUCGCUAUUAUAUAUGACAAUAAGCCUUUAUCUGAUUGGUACGACGAAAUGAGCGCUCGGGUCCAAUUCGCUGUGAGGUUCGGUAUCAAACACGAUCUCCUCAAGUACGGCUGUACUUACAUUUGCUUAAAGAAGUCCACUCCAACCAGCUCGUUUUGUGAUAAUAUUAGUCUGUGGAAAGUAGUCACUGAGGAGACAGAGAAACAUAGGAUCAAAUUUCACCUGACUCAUCAUUGACCACACUGCUCAUCAUUUUCACAAAUGAUUUAAGACUAAUCCUUCUUACGGAACGGCACUAAAACAAUUGUCAAUAAUUUUAGAGAUCGUUCGUGUUCAGUACAAAAGCCACCGACAUAAUUUCUAUGUUUUAUUUUUUGAUGUAUUUUACAAAGUUUUUCUAGUAAUUUCUUAAUUAUUUUGUAAUGGUAUAGUUUAUUUAUUUCUAUUUAUUAAUAGGUUUACCUAAUUAAUUUCUUUUAUGAUUAGUGCAAGACUGUUUUGUUAUGUACAUUUUAAUACACUGAAUUUGGUCUGAA